AUCAUCAUUUGGAUUGUCGUAUUUCCAGCGAAUGCUAGCACAGUGGAGUAGAGUGAGGAAGUGACGAGGGCAAGAAUUUUGAAGUCGACAAUUGACUUGUGAGUUCCAGAAUAGGAAUACGUUGUGCAGCUCGAGCUCUUUUCGUUUUCUGCGAGUGUGCGUUUUAGCUGGAACAAGAUGGUGCCCAAGGUGUCCAACUACGAGUACGAGUUUAACAGAAUUAGAGAUCCAUCAUUUAGUCAUUGCUUGUCCUCGUCGUGCUAGCCCUAGCCCUCGUGAAGAUACUUAAUCGAAAUCCUCCGACAAAGAGAGUAUAUCAGGAAACUCAGCAGCGGCCAGUAGCACCACAUAUCAGAGAAAAUGAAAAAACUGGUCUAUGAUCUUGGUCUUCCUACGAUGUUGCUCAAUCAAAGUUCCCCUCGUCUCAAAGAUCGCAGAGUUUGGUCGCUCGUUCUGAUUAUACCAAAAGAAAAAAUAAUAUUUCGAUGUUGCUUCACUUGCGUGCGUGUCAUCUCAAGCAUACACAGUACCAAUCUCAUACUGAAAACAAAUAGGUGGUGGCAGGAACUUGCUAGUCGAAUUGAUGGGUAGAAGGUUCGGGUAUCAUAUUUGAUAUUAAUUUGGAUUUGCAUUCGGAAUAAGAAUUCUGCUACUUCUUCUAGUUGUGAGUUUAUUGCAAGAAGAUAAAAAGUAUUAUUGAUUGCGGGUGCUAUCCGUUUUCUCUCGCCGUUGCUGUUUCUCGAAUCGACCGAGUGGUCUUAUACCUUAGAGUAGUUAAUUAACAACUGUUGAUUCUACGUACUAUUAAUAUUUCUUGCAUCAACAAACUACGAACCUGACGACCUUCCUGCACUAGUACUUCAAGAGCUCCGUGGUCGCAAUCUCAAGAACAGUUCUCCAAAACACAACAAUCAUAAAAAGAACAUCAGGACAUCAUUACACCACAAUCUCAAUCAACUAAGUAGUCUAAGCAAGCAUGCAAUAAAUAUGUUGUAUCAGAACGAUCACAAGCACUACUUCUAACUAAGUAAGUCUCUUAUCAAUAAUUGAGUCAUUACUUCAACUCCAAGAAUUCAGCAUUGUCAGAACAAAUAGAUAGCACUUCUAGCAGCAAUAGCAUUAGUUGACUCAAGGAAAUCAACAAUCAGAGUCAGACACAAUGACCACUGCUCACUCCAUCUCCGCCUCGACCCCGUCUGCAGAAGUCGUUGCGGAUGAUGUUGAGAGGUCGAAAUCGAAAAGGAUUAAGCUUUUUGGGGAGUGGAUUGAUGUCACGGAUUUCCAUGCGCGUCAUCCUGGCGGCAGCGACGUCCUGUUGCUGUACGAAAAUCAAGAUGCGACCGACGUCUAUGAGGCCUUCCACGUCUCAAACCGAGCAAGGGCUAUCUUGAAACGACUCCCGCGCGUCGCAGGUCGUCAGGAGGCGGGUCAACAUCUUCCAGUGGAGGGUCCUCUUCCAGUGGAGCAAGAAGCAAAACUUCUUCAAGUGCUGGCACCUCCAACAACAGUUUCAGCAACCGUUUCUCCUAAUGACACAGGAAAUGGUGAUGUACCAAACUCGACGCCCUUGCGCUCCUUAACAGGGAGCGAGAUUGCCUCCUUGACAGGGAUUAAGAAGAGCAAUCCCGCAGAGGACAUUGAAGAUCAGCUGAGCGACGUGUCCACAAAUUCGCAAGUCGAUGCAAGAACCUUAUCUGACGAAACCGAAUACGAGGUUGAUGACGAGCUUUCUCCGAAGGCUGGUGCAGUAGGAGAUGUAGAUGUUCUUGAUGAAGUUGAUGAAGAUAUAAUCGAAAACGUGUCUUCCUCUAAGAAUCAUCUCGAGGAUGAUGCUCAUAGUGAAGAUGCUGUUGCCGGAGCUAGUGCUUCCACGAAAUCUACUGCAUCUUCUGCUGCUGCGCUGCGCGCAGCUCGUAACGCUGCGGUCCAAGAAGACUGGCGUGCCUUGGUGCAAACGUGGAAAGCGAAAGGGUACUACGAGGCGCGACCGUGGUUCGUUUGUACCUGGCUCGCAUGCGUUGUGCUCCUUGCUUAAGGCUAGUAAUGUCUAAAGAAUCUACUUAAACUUUCAGUCAAAUUACUUUCAAAUAGUAACAUACUUAUAUAUAAUAAACAAGAAUCUGAAUCACAAGAAUCACAAUCUUAAUCUACUUACAACAAAAAUAAGUCUUACUUGAAUACCGUUUAAAUAACGUCGACCGUUCUUCUGCUAUACUUAAUUCUUCUCUAGCACUAGGUAGUACUAGUGGGUGGUAGUCAGUCGUAGAAACUCAGGUUGAGUUUCUCGAAAUUAUUGUGUAGGCUCUUCAGGUCUUCAGUUUGGUGGUACUCUAAAGAGCAACAGCUGUGUUCCAGAUCACUUGCACUGUCUUUUUCUAAUUCCCUACCCUUGUAUUGCGGUACUGGGGCGACUAUUGGCGGCUUCUCGACGACAUUUUCGUGCCGUUGGAUGAACUCUGUAGCUCGAGUGUGCUGUUCUUGCUACCGCGAAUGUGUGUCUACAUGCUGCAUGCGACCUUCCGCGUCUUUCCCGCUUUGAUUCAGGGCUUCUUCUUUGGGCAAUUCGGCUGGCUGAUGCACUGCGCAGGUCACGCUGGCGUGUUUCGCGACCAUCGAUACGACUACUACCUGCAAGUUCUCUGCCUCUCGUUCUUUCUCUUAUGGAACCUCAACCUACCACAUCAAGCACAAAUAACUUGGAGUUUUUCUUUGCAUUCUAGUUAGAAGUACUUCUUGUUCUUGAAGAUUGCUUCCAUAUUCAUCUUCUAAUCCUAGCCGAUUCCUCUGUAUCGUGGAAGCGCAAGCAUGACAAGCAUCAUGCGAAAACGAACGUUUUGGAUCACGACCCCGAUAUCCAAACUUUGUUCUUCUUCGAGAACAAGAUUGUGGAUACCCAUUGGCCGUUCGGAGAAAAAGCGAAAAAUCUCUUGCUGCAGUAUCAGCACUACUACACCUACGUGCUAUACAGCUUCUUCGGCCACUGGCGUCAAGCGGAGUGCUGGUUCACGGUCUUUGGCGCAAGUGGCUACGAUAACGGCGUCCUAGUCAAGAAGAACACGAAUAAAACCGGUAGAAGUAGUGCAACUUCAACAACUACAUCUACUUCGGGAUCGGGAGCUAGUAAAAAAACCGAUGAUGUUGAAAUGGAACGCGGAAUCCUACGUCUCGAGUGUGCUGCAUUGAUCGGCCAUUACAUUUUGCGCUUAUUCAUCUACGCAACGUGCUUGCAGGAUUCGAUGUCGUUUCUGGGAUUUUGCUGGCAAUACCACAUCGCCCUGUCGGUGAUGGGGCUCUAUCUCUCCCUAGUCUUCACGGCGAACCACAAUCAGAUGCCCAUCCAACUGUUAAGGGUUUCCGCAUUACAUCCCUCACUUCCAGCCUCUUACUUUGGGUCUUUUCCUAGUAGAAAAGAAGCCAGGGAUGUUCUGAGGAAGAACACAUCUAAGACGGGAUGCCAAGGAAGAAACCAACUGGCUCGAAAUGAACACGAAUGGCACGGUGAAUUACCAGAGUGACAUCGUCUUUAAGAAUAACACUGAUCAUGGUCGUAGUGAAUGUGCUAGUUCUAGUAGUUGUUUACAGAGUAACAGUAUGAGUAAGUAUGUUCAUUUACUUUUACCGUCUACUAAACAGGACUGUGGUCGUACAAGUACUAGAGUACUGUUUGUGAUACUAGCACUUAUCUUUAGAGUAGAAAAGAAGUGACUCGUAUGGGUGGACCCGGAGGUCAAGAUGCAUAUCUGUAGAAAAUUAUUACAUAACAACUUAUUUGUUAUUUUCUUCUUCCUCUUCUUCUUCUUCUUCUUCUUCUUCUUCCUCUUUUUUUUCUUCUUCUUCUUCUUCUUCUUCUUCUUCUUCUUCUUCUUCUUCUUCCUCUUCUUCUUCUUCUUCUUCUUCUUCUUCCCCCUCUAAUCCCGCAUCGUUUAUGACCGGAUACCUGAACUUCCAGAUCGAGCACCAUUUGUGUCCGUCGAUGCCCUGCCACUUGUAUCCCACGAUUCAGCCGGACGUAAGGGAGCUGUGCAAGAAACACGGCAUUGCGUAUGGGCAGGGGACGUUUUGGCAGGCCCUGUGCGACAACCACGACGCCCUCGCUCGAGUAGCGAAAAUGAGAGGUGACCUGCAUGCGGAGUUGUCGACUACUUCUCGGUCUCCAGAAGCUGAGAUGGACAAGAAGAACGCAUGAAGAUUAUAAGAUUAAGAACAUGGUUAUGAAAGAAAAAAGUGCACUCACACUCAAAAAAAUUAGCUAUUUUCCUACUUAAAUCCUACCCAAUUUCUUGAGUGUGAGUGCACUUUUUCGUUUCAUAAUGGUCCAGGACCAAAGUUGUCGACUACUUCUCCAGGGUCAUCUGAGGAGAAAUUCAUAGCUUCUGCGCAGAGUCGGACGGUACAGCGUCGCUCUGGUGCUGGUGGGAUGGACAAGAAGAUGAACGCAUGAAGAUAGUAUAUAUGUUGAAGAUCGACGCUCGGAACACCUUACCUCAUGCGUAGAAAGGAGCAGCAUAAGCUCAAAAAAUAUGUAGUAGAUGUUGAAGAUUUGGCGCAUAGUAAAAAAACCAGGAUUUACCUCACGUCUCUACGGCCAUCAUGAACGAUGGCAACAGGGACAACAGCAUGCAUACGAAGAGUAUACCUGAUGAAGAAGAUCAACAUUCAUAAGAAGUAGCUGAAGUUCUGAUGGUAUUUUGUGCGGUAAGAAGCAAGUACUUCUGAUGAAGAGGAUUGAAUAGCAAGAACUGAAGAGAUUUAUGGGUUGCAAUUACUUUGGGGUAGCUGUCAAGCCUAAUAGAGCUAGAGGGUUCAUCUUUUCAUCUUCCUAGAAGACCUAACCGAAACAGAUCAUGGUAUCGUGUGAGAAGUGUGAUGUACCCUUACUUGAUCUAGAUCUAGAACUCUGGUGGAGAUACCUGCAAUACGAAUGCCGUGAGUUGUCGACGUGCAGCUGCUGUUGAACAGCUGACCCACUCGAUUUCAACUUAUAUAUAGUGAGUAUGUCAUUCCUAGUACAAGUUUAUUCUUGACUUUGAUGAGGGGAAGGAGUUUUCUUAUAAUUCGAUGUUUUGAUGGCUGUUGCUUCCUCAUGCUAGUCGUCUAGGGUAUAGUUCUUGUGACCUCCAAACAGCUAAAUCAUUUUGUUGAACGCGAACUAGAUGAUCAUGCAAAUAUGUAAUUGGAAAAAAGGCGCUCUUUCUAUUUCUUAUUCAUUGCUCAUCGAAAAAGGGGAACGAGCACUCCCAGCAUAGGUCAAUUGAAAUUGCACUUACCUAUAGAUACGGUGCUCAAACGGCAGCACUCGUCAUCUUCAACAAAUUUUCUAAUUUAUGAUUCUUCUAAAUGGCUCCUGGUGCGUUUAAAGUGAGAUCGUACAUUGUGAUUAGUUAUAGACGAAUCAGAUCCGCCAUCUUCAUGCAUUUGCGAUACAUUUCCCCCAACCAAAAUGGUGCUUGGCACAUUCGCUGUGUCAUUCGAAAGCUACGAGGAACUAGCAGGGGACCGCCUCUGCGACGGACAGGUUGCAGAUCGUAGACGUUCCUAAAUCGAUGAAUCAAGGCAAUAGGCUGGAGUGGUCAUUCUUCUUAUCGUUCAGCGGGGGCGUCUGUCUGAAUUUGAAUUACUGAUUGCCUCUUCGUUAAGCCGCACAGACACGUAAAAAUCUAGAACCUGACUCAGUCUCAGUCACUCUCAUUGUGUAGGAGAUUCAUCUCAAGGAAGAUCUGUUUGAUUUCCAUUUUGAGUCAGUAGCUAGAGAGGCAAAAAUGAACACGAGCAUGUCCAGUAGGAAGAUUCGCAGCUUGUUUCAAUCUAUCGAAGAAGCGGUCACCAGUUCCAGUUGUUAUAUAGAUGAGAGUGUAUGCGUAGUAUCUGUACUUACUUUUGUAAGUAUGUGUUUGUGAAGCAAGUUAAUCUAGCUGAUUCUGUUUCCCGAAAGUGUAGAUUGUGAUUCUCGGUAGGUUGAGAGCGUGGUAGUAACCGUUUCUUGAAUGCAGAGACUGACUGUGCUUGAAUGGCCGUGUUAUCAUCAGAAUCCUAGAUGUAAGGAUAAGUACUCAGAAGUGAGCAGGCACAACAGGAGGCACCAAUACCAAAGACUUAAGUUGCAUGUAAUAUCCUCAAUAGUACGUUACUAGUAGUUAAGGAUAAGGGUACGCAGUGUACUAGUUAAGGGUACGCACUAGUUUAUCACUAUUGAUUCCCUGUGGAGGACUCAACUGAGUGAAAUCCCCCCUGAUCAGAAGGGGGAAAUAAAGGGGGAAAAGGGCAACUCACUCGACCAGGGAUACUGAAGAAAUGGCGAAGAAAACAUUUUCGCAGUCGCAAGCACAAUGUGCCUCGCUCUGCAGUCCAUGGUAGCGUUGACGAGCUCUCAAGAGUUCGUUCGCACGCAGCUAUGUUGUGACACACCCUAAAAUAGACUUUCGCGUUUUUGAGAGAACUACUGCAGCAGUGUGCAACCUCCACUAGCUAUGUGAGUCUCAAAAAAUACGUGGCGAACAGUAAUGAGGUGGAACGACAAGGCAUCCAACUUCCACCUGUCUUGUCUUUGUCGUGGUUAUAUUUUUGAAGCAGACGAAAUAUAAUCAAUGAUUUGGCUACAGGAAUUAAUGAUUGAAACUACUCCUAUUGUUAACUUAUGGAUAUCUGUGCAGAAGCGUAAAUUACUUGUGGUUCUCUCAUCUACAUUUCAUAUCUACAUUUCAUAGCAUUAGAACACGAAAACAAAGAACAUAAUUAAAAGUAAGUUGCACAGGCAGUGGGAGUGCUCCAUCGCAAGUAACUAGUUCUGCGAACAAAAAUGAGUCUUAUUUACUGGAACAAAAAA